ACCUUCGACAAGCCGGACGAAAUUGAGGACGUUCAGAGGGAAACAUGGCGGCUGUAAGAAACAUGCAGAGACUUUGGGGAAUUGGUGUGAGUGCUAUUCGACAACAAGCAGCUCUGAAAACAUCUCGAGUCUUGCAGCAAAGAGCUUUUCGCCUUAAUGGAGCUCAGUGCCAGCAGUCGUUUGAUUCGUCCUUGGAGAAGCCUCAGUUCCCCGGCGCCUCCGCGGAGUUCAUCGAUCACCUGGAGUUCAUCCAACCCAACGUGAUCUCAGGAAUCCCAGUGUACCGAGUCAUGGACAGACGGGGCCAGAUCAUCAACCCGUCUGAGGAUCCACAGCUUUCGAAGGACACAGUGUUGAACUUCUACCAGAAGAUGACGCUCCUGAACACCAUGGAUCGUAUUCUGUACGAGUCUCAGAGGCAGGGUCGGAUCUCCUUCUACAUGACCAACUACGGUGAAGAAGGAACUCACAUCGGAAGCGCUGCAGCUCUGGACUCUACCGACCUGGUGUUUGGCCAGUAUCGAGAAGCAGGAGUGCUGAUGUACCGUGGCUUUCCUCUGGACCUGUUCAUGGCACAGUGCUACGGCAAUGCGGACGAUUUGGGGAAGGGCAGGUUGAUGCCGGUGCACUACGGCAGCCGAGACCACUACUUUGUGACCAUCUCGUCUCCUCUGGCCACUCAGCUUCCUCAGGCGGCGGGAGCGGCGUACGCUAUAAAGAGAGAGAACAGUAAUCGUGUGGUGAUCUGUUACUUCGGCGAGGGAGCUGCCAGUGAAGGAGACGCCCACGCUGGCUUCAAUUUCUCCGCCACGUUGGAGUGUCCAAUCAUUUUCUUCUGUCGCAACAACGGCUACGCCAUCUCCACCCCCACACACGAGCAGUACAGGGGCGACGGAAUCGCUGCUCGAGGCCCAGGCUACGGCAUGCUGUCGAUCCGUGUGGACGGUAACGACGUGUUUGCCGUGUACAACGCUACAAAGGAAGCGAGACGCAGAGCAGUGGCUGAGAACCAACCUUUCCUCAUCGAAGCCAUGACCUACAGGAUCGGCCACCACAGCACGAGUGACGACAGCUCUGCUUACCGCUCGGUGGACGAGGUGAACUACUGGGACAAGCAGGACCACCCCAUCUCCCGUCUCCGCCACUACAUGACCGCACGCAGCUGGUGGGGAGAGGACGAGGAGCGCACGUGGAGGAAGCAGUCACGCAAACUCGUCAUGGAGGCUUUAGAAAAAGCAGAGCGGCGUCUCAAACCGAAGCCGGAGUUAAUGUUCACUGACGUAUAUAAGGAUGUCACUCCAGAUCUGGAAAAACAGAAAGAUAGCAUGGUUAGGCACUUACAGCAGUACAAAGAGCACUACCCAUUAGACCAACACGAGCAAUAAGCACUCCCUUCACAAUUUCAAAUCUAAUCACUACUUUCAUUUAGGGGGAUGCCGGUGAUGCUGAAUUUAAUAUGGGAGACCUGGUAUCAUUUAAAACUGUUUAAAUCAUCAUAAAGCACAGUAACGUUCAUGUAGAUACCCCCAGGUCAUGUACGUCUGGGACUUAGAGAGUUAUGAAGUGACACAAUGAAAUACUCAGCUUGUUGAGACACAAGCGCUGUACAAUUCUGUUACACAUUAUUUCCUGGUUCUGUCCAUGCCUUCUGUUAGAGUUUCAGAAUGGAGUGUGUAUACUGAAUAUAUACACACAACAAUAUAUAUAUAUAUAUAUAUAUAUAUAUAUAUAUAUAUAUAAUAUACGUACACAUAUAUACAUAGUGUGUGUGUGUGUGUGUGUGUGUGUGUGUGUGUGUGUGUGUGUGUAUGUAUGUGUAUAUAUAUGUGUAUAUAUAUACACACACAAGAUUUUUUUUGCCACUAGAGGCCACUCUGUUGUGCCUUUUCUGAUACUGUACUAGCGUGGCAGUGCAUGAGGAAGUAUUAACUGUUCUCUCAUAAUUUGUGGCCGUAUUCUCAUAAUUUACCCCGGUAUCUGUUUAUAACGCUCAUUAACAGAGAAAAAUGCAUUAUAAGCCUACAUGAUUAGAUCAGCUCGUGUAAGCUGUGUACAUUCUGAUCAGUGUAAACUCAUGACAGAAGGGCAACAGGAUUUAAUGUACUGUGAGUUUUUGUUCCGUUAAAGAUGUAGGAGCUGUAUAUGGGUGAGAACAUGUAGUCUGUGUCCUUAAAUAUGAACUAUACAUUUGAAUGAUCCCUUUUCUUUGGUUUUUAAUGAAAUGAAUUUAAAACGUAUCUGCUGCUCUGAGAGCUUUCCUUCACUGUUACAUUUGUUUAGGAGGACAUUUGGUCAGGUGUACUGUUUGAAUAAUUAUAAUAGUUAUAAAUAAAAUGCUUGUGAAACUUUAAAA